GCAAAAAAGGGCGCGCAGUUCCCGCCAGAACCGUUGGAGCUUUGCACGAGAAACCGCAAACCUGCAACGUCUCCAGUUUUGGCCGCGCGUAUUUCAUUGUCUCUGGUUGACUUGAUCGGAUAUUCUGUCAUCAUGGUCGCUGACAGGAACUCGGACAGGAUGUAUGUCCUGAAGAGAGGUGGUAGGAAGGAAGAGAUUCAUUUUGACAAGAUCACUUCAAGAAUUCAGAAACUCUGUUAUGGCCUCGACAUGGAGUAUAUUCAUCCGGCUUCAAUCACCCUCAAAGUCAUCAAUGGAUUGUAUCCGGGUGUUACUACUGUGGAACUUGACAACCUCGCAGCUGAGACUGCGGCCACCAUGACCACCAGGCAUGCAGACUACGCAGUUUUAGCUGCUCGUAUUGCCGUGUCCAACUUGCACAAGGAAACCAAGAAGAGUUUCAGCGAGGUAAUGACUGACUUGUACAAUAUUACAAAUCAGUAUUCAAUGAAGAAGUCCCCAAUGAUUUCUGAUUUCCAUUAUGAUAUCAUCAUGAAAAAUGCGGAAAGGUUAAACUCUGCCAUUAUUUAUGAUAGAGAUUUUUCCUACAACUAUUUUGGCUUUAAGACACUGGAACGAUCAUACCUUCUUCGAGUUGAUGGUAAAGUGGCCGAGCGUCCCCAGCACAUGCUCAUGAGAGUGGCUGUUGGUAUUCAUGGUGAAGACAUAGAUGCUGCCAUUGAAACUUACAACCUCCUGUCUGAGAGGUACUUCACUCACGCUUCACCCACAUUGUUCAGUGCUGCCACUCCGCGGCCUCAACUUUCAAGUUGCUUUCUCCUCGCCAUGAAAGAAGACAGCAUAGAAGGUAUCUACGACACCUUGAAGGAUUGUGCUCUGAUAUCCAAGUCUGCGGGAGGGAUUGGUGUCAAUAUUCAUUGCAUCCGUGCCAAGGGCAGUUACAUUGCUGGCACUAAUGGUACAUCCAACGGUAUUAUUCCCAUGCUACGUGUGUUUAACAACACUGCUAAGUAUGUGGACCAAGGAGGAAAUAAACGCCCUGGUGCUUUUGCCAUUUACCUCGAGCCAUGGCAUGCUGAUGUCUUUGACUUUUUGGACUUGAAAAAGAACACUGGUAAAGAGGAAAUGCGUGCCAGGGAUUUGUUCUACGCUCUUUGGAUACCUGAUCUAUUCAUGCGUCGAGUGGAGAGUGAUGGAGUGUGGUCCCUGAUGUGCCCACACCAGUGUCCUGGCCUAUCAGACUGUUGGGGAGAAGAAUUUGACAAACUCUAUACACAGUAUGAAUCUGAGGGUCGCUUCAUGAAGCAGGUCAAGGCUCAGCAGCUCUGGAUGGCGAUCAUUGAAUCUCAAGUGGAGACUGGCACCCCAUUCAUGCUGUACAAGGAUGCUUGCAACAGGAAGUCAAACCAACAGAAUAUUGGCACAAUCAAAAGCAGUAAUCUCUGCACAGAGAUUAUCGAGUACUCUGCUCCUGAUGAAAUUGCUGUUUGCAAUCUUGCCUCAGUUGCAGUCAACAUGUUUGUGAAGGCUGACAAAACCUAUGACUUUGAAAAGCUAAGGGAGGUGACGAAAAUUGUUACAAAGAACCUGAACAAGAUUAUUGAUGUCAAUUACUACCCUGUUCCUGAGGCCCGCAGGUCCAACAUGAGACAUCGUCCGAUUGGUAUUGGCAUCCAGGGGUUGGCUGAUGCUUUUAUUUUGAUGCGCUUGCCAUUCGAAAGUGAAGGUGCUCAAGACCUGAACAAGAAAAUCUUUGAAACUCUUUACUUUGCCUCUCUUGAAGCAAGCUGUGAACUAGCUGAGCAGUUGGGACCAUAUGAGACCUACCCUGGUUGCCCAGUUAGCAAGGGGAUCCUUCAAUUUGACAUGUGGAAAGUGACACCAUCAGAUCUGUGGAAUUGGGAUGAGCUACGCAGCAAGAUUGCUAAACAUGGCGUCAGGAACUCGCUUCUUCUAGCUCCCAUGCCUACUGCAUCCACAGCCCAGAUUCUCGGCAACAAUGAGUCAAUUGAGCCCUACACUUCGAACAUUUACACCAGGAGAGUCUUGUCAGGAGAAUUUCAGGUGGUUAACCAUCACUUGUUAAGAGACCUAACAGACUGUGAUUUAUGGGAUGAUGACAUGAAAAAUGAAAUUAUUUCCAAUGGAGGGUCAAUCCAGGGCAUUGAAAGAAUUCCCAAGGAAAUCCGUGACCUUUACAAGACAGUUUGGGAAAUAUCACAGAAAACUGUGAUUAAAAUGGCAGCGGACAGAGGAGCAUACAUUGACCAGUCUCAGUCACUCAACAUUCACAUUGCUGAGCCUAACUAUGGCAAGCUGACCUCUAUGCACUUCCAUGCAUGGAAGCUGGGUUUGAAAACAGGAAUGUACUACCUGAGAACUAAACCUGCAGCUCAAGCCAUUCAGUUUACUGUGGAUAAACAAAAGCUUGCCAAGGCUACUGGUGUUAAUGGAUCAGUCACCAAUGGCACCUCCAGAGACAACAGUGCUAAUAUUGCUGCCAUGGUUUGUUCCCUUCAGAAUAAGGACGAAUGUCUCGCCUGUGGAUCAUAGUCUGAAGGCUGCAAGCCAACCCUCAUAAUCUGGAACCGACCAAUAGUGUAUUUGUUAGUUGUAUUUAUGUACAGUGUUCUUUUAGAAUGUUUCUUGUGAUGAGUAUUUCUGUAUUCUUUUUACACUUUAUAACUUUAUAAACAUAUGAGUUGUAUUUUUAUCACUAUUAACUUUUAUCUUGUAAUGCUUUGUUUUAAGUUUGCUGUGAAUGGAUGAUUCCUGUAUUCAAAGCUUUAUUUUAUUUGUUAGUCACCCAAGUGUCUUAUGUCAUGUCAUGUCUCAUGUCCCUCAGUGAAGGUAGCAUGGUUCAAGG